AUGUCUGAUCCUUGCGUUUUAAUCGCAUCAUGCUCUCAGAUAAAACCAAAGGAUCUUGUGAAGUUGGUUCUUGGAGCUACAGAGUUGCCACAAAGUGACAAAGUGGUAGAAGAUAUAUUUGCUUACAAGUGGCACAUAGAAAAUAAGUACUACACAGCUGAGGUCAGGUUAUGUACGACAGAAACCAGAACCAUUGGAAACACUGCAUUUGCUGACUCUGUGCAAGCAUUUGUGGUUCAUUUUGAUUCGAAGGAGCUGUCAAGUUUUGAAAGGGUCCAAGCCUGGAUGCCUUACGUGAAGGAGCUAGAUCCGGAUAUACGGAUGCUUAUCUGUGACACUAGUUCGAGCACUGAUGCUGUAGACAGAUUAACUGCUCAGAAGUUUUGUAUUCAGCAUUCCUUUGAGCUAGUUGAGUUGAGCCCAGAGGGAACGAACAGCGACAGUGAGGAGGAAGAUGACUUUAAGGAAACCACAGGGAUCAAGAGGGUUGUCCAGGCUCUACACGCUCACACCUGGCCAAAUCUUGUCAUGAAAGACAGACCUGAUGUGAGAAGUGCUUAUUUCAAACAGCUUAUGCAAGAGGAGUUCAGUUCAAAGUCAAAUAGUACUGCUGACAAUUCCAGCCCAUCUGAAGAAGACUUUCAGGAUUUUGUGAGCUGUGAACCAGUGCGACACUCACAAGCCACAGAUUCCCACAAUACUAACACAUAUACAGAAGAGAGAUCUUUUACCUGUGUUAGCAGCAUUGGUGAAGGUAAAACGCCUGUACAUGUAUGUUCAGGGUCCACAGAAUUGAAUGAGGACAGUGUGACUUCCUCAGCAACUGGAAAUGAUCUGCUUGUGGGAAGUGAUUUCUUAAGAGAUGGACAGAAGAAAAAUGACUUUGAAAAAGAUAGGAAGGCAUGUGAGGGACCUUCAAGUGAGCAAAUAAUAGAUUCCUUAGUGGACAACGAUGAUAUGACGUUCUUGGCUGCUCUGGGAAAUGAGGAUCCAGGGAAAGAAUCUUUUGAACAAUUGUUUGAGAAACUCAGAAUUAUGAAAGAGAAAGCAGAAGGCCUGCCCCCUGAGCAAAGGAAAGCUUAUGCUGAAAAGGUGGCCGUGUCAUUCUGGAAGGCUAUUGGUGGUGAUGAAGAUGAAAUUGAUGGACUUGUUGACAGUGAUUAACACAGCUUUGAAGGACUGUUGGCCUGUAUCUACGGGAAUUUCCAUAAAAAUUCUCAUUCAUUGGAGU